AUGGCAAUUACUUACAAAUCAAUAGCUCUUUCCAUUAUCACCCAACUAUGUUUCGUUUCUUGUGUGCUAAGUCAACAAAACGAAACCAAAUUUCUCUACCACGGAUUUUUCGAAGCUAACCUUCUCAAGUAUGGAUCCUCCAAGAUCCUCCCGAGUGGCAUCUUGGAGCUAACAAACACCUCAAGGAGACAAAUGGGUCAAGCCUUCUAUGGCUUCCCCGUACCCUUCAACAGUACUAACUCACCAAACUCGCUUUCUUUCUCCACAAGUUUCGUUUUCUCAAUCGACGCACCAGGUCACGGCCUAACCUUUCUGAUCUCACCGUCCAUGGAUUUCACGCAAGCCAUGCCGAGCCAGUUUCUCGGUCUCUUCAACACUUCGAACAACGGGAACUCCACAAACCGAAUCCUCGCGGUGGAAUUCGACACGGUGAAGUCAAACGAGUUUCUUGACAUCGACGAUAACCACGUAGGCAUCGACGUGAACGGUUUGGUAUCCGUUGAAUCUGCACCAGCUGCAUUUUUCUCCAACAAGCAAAGCAAGAAUAUAAGCUUGAAGCUUUCGAGCAAAGACCCGAUUCGGGCUUGGAUCGAAUACAACGGAGGGGAAAUGCUUCUCAACGUCACAUUGGCUCCUCUUGACACUUCAAAACCUAAGUUUCCUCUUCUGUCGAGAAAGAUGAAUCUUUCUGAGAUUUUCUUGGGAAAAAUGUAUGUCGGCUUCUCCGCAUCCACAGGAAACAUAACGGGUAAUCACUAUGUAACUGGAUGGAGCUUUAGCAGAGAAGGGAAAGCAAAAGACUUUGAUCUCGCUCUGCUUCCUUCGCUUUCAACACCGUCGCCAUCUGAUUUUGAUGACUUUGAUCCCUUCUCAUCAUCGGAUCCUUCUCCAGAUUCAGCAACCGUAAAUCCUUACCGCACCAAGGUGGUCAUUAUCUGCACGCUUGCCAUCAUGAUCUUUAUGAUUUGAUUGA